AUGGUCAAACGAUUUCAGGAUUAUCAGAUUGAUGCUCUCAAGUCAGCAUUCAAACAAUCCCAACACUUGACGAAAAAUAAGAAGAUCGAACUGGUGACUGCUACAGGACUGGAUGUGGAGCAAAUUACUAGCUGGUUCAACAGGAAUCGAGCCCAAAAGCGUGCUAGGAAGUCGAUAGGGGACUUGGAGCUAACCAAGGCCGAGCUUCAUCAAGCGCUGCAAACACUCCGCGAAGGCCAAGAAAGGGAAGCAGGGCUCCAAAAAGAGCUUCAAGCAAGAAAGAAGAAGGAAGCUGAGCUAAGAGCUGAAAAUCAGGAUUUGAAGCAUCAACUGGCAAUAGUUGGAGGUGAAUCAGGUGAUUCACAGUUUGAUCACUUCUUGUGGUCUUCGCAUGGCCCAGGUUCAACUCAGAGCAAUAAUCUUCCUAGGUCCUAG